AUGGAGCGUGUCUCGCCGUGGCUGCUGCUGCUGGUACUUCUGGUGGCCGCGUCAGGGCCGGGUGCGCGCGCCGAUCCGCAGGUGCCGUGCUACUUCGUGUUCGGGGACUCGCUGGUGGACAACGGGAACAACAACGACAUCGCGUCGCUGGCGCGGGCCAACUACCCGCCCUACGGCAUCGACUUCCCCGGCGGAGCCACCGGGCGCUUCAGCAACGGCCUCACCACCGUCGACGCCAUCUCUCGGCUUCUGGGCUUCGACGACUACAUCCCAGCGUACGCGGGCGCAAACAAUGAUCAACUCCUCUCCGGCGUCAACUUCGCCUCAGCUGCGGCCGGAAUCAGAGACGAGACCGGCCAGCAACUGGGGCCAGCGCAUAAGCUUCGGCGGGCAGCUCCAGAACUACCAGGCGGCGGUGCAGCAGCUGGUGAGCAUCCUGGGGGACGAGGACUCCGCGGCGAACCACCUGAGCCAGUGCAUCUUCACGGUGGGCAUGGGCAGCAACGACUACCUCAACAACUACUUCAUGCCCGCCGUCUACGCCACCAGCCGGCAGUACACCCCGGAGCAGUACGCCGACGUGCUCGUCAGCCAGUACACGCAGCAGCUCAGGAUCCUGUACAACAACGGGGCGAGGAAGGUGGCGCUGAUGGGGGUGGGGCAGGUGGGGUGCAGCCCGAACGAGCUGGCGCAGCAGAGCUCCGACGGGGUCACCUGCGUGGCGCGGAUCAACGGCGCCAUCGAGAUCUUCAACCAGAAGCUGGUAGAGCUGGUGGACCAGUUCAACACGCUGCCGGGGGCGCACUUCACCUACAUCAACGCCUACGGGAUCUUCCAGGACAUCAUCAGGUCGCCGGGAGCCAACGCCUGACGGUGCUGGACAAGGGGUGCUGCGGGGUGGGGAGGAACAACGGGCAGGUGACGUGCCUGCCCUUCCAGACGCCGUGCGCCAACAGGAACGAGUACCUCUUCUGGGACGCCUUCCACCCAACGGAGGCCGCCAACAUUCUCGUCGGGAGGCGGGCCUACAGCGCCGCCCAGCCCUCCGACGUCCACCCCGUCGACCUGCAGACGCUUGCGCGCCUCUAG